CAGCUCAAAGUCAACUUCAAACGUGCUUGCUCCGUGCCACCACCAGCAACGGCAGCAACAGCAACCAUCACCCUCACCAUCACCCUCACCAUCACCAUCAUUACCACCACCACCACGACAACGUCUGCCCACCAACAAUGUCAACGAUGUUGAAGACGUCCCAGCUUCAUCAUGGCGCACUCAUAUACCCUCCUUAAUUGUUGAAUACGGGCACGCCUACCUAUGACCUCUUCCCCCCUUUUCGAGAUGCGUCUCUGGUCUGGUAAUAUCCGCGUGAUCUGGUCUCUGUCUCUCCUUUGCAUCCUAGGCACAAGAAGGUUUCUGUGCGGCAUCGUGUCGUCCAUUUUGGAGACGCGAUGCCUGUCGCGUGGACAUUCUCCAUGUUCGGCUCGUGCUCACAGUCACUGCUGCUGCUCAGCAACUGCGAUUGACUCCUCUCACUCGACCAUGUCCAAAACAUCUGAAUCCACUCGCUAUCCUAGGCAGACAGCCCGAAGAUUCCAUUUCUUCGAUGGAUCGCCUCAGGAUAUCAACAAAUGGACUGGCCUGGAAACUGGAAAUGGAACUGGAACUGGAGCUGCGACUGGAACUUCUUCGUCUGACCCCCUCAUCCACAUGGUCCCGAGGCUCCCUCCUCUCGGCAACCCUCCGCUCCUGAAUCCCCUGCAGCCCUCCCGGAACGCAGCCAGACAGAUUGUACUCCGUAGACAGACAGAAGACAUAUGGAGAGACGAACAAACUGUCAUCCACUCGCCGCAACCUUUCACGCAUUUUCUCCGAUCUCCAGCCGUGUGUGCUCUGCAUGCUGCAGCUAGCCAAGCUACCUUAGCUCAAGCUCAGCUAGCUAAAUCAAGCUGCGAUCGAAGGCAAUCUCUCCUCCUCCUCAGCCGCCGCUGCCUCCGUCACCGAGCCAUCAGCCUAUCUGAAAACUGACAUUUCUGUACGCAUCGACCCAGGAGCACGUACCUCCAUCUGUGCUACUUUAUGCCUGCCGCUCCUGUUCUCGCCAUUGGCACAACGGCCGAACAAGAAAAAAGAAGCCCGAGAGCGGAUCUGCUGGAAAGGAUAGGAUGCCAGGUUCAUCAUGUGGGGAACCAGGGAUUUGACAAAACAGUAACAGGCAUGAUCCCUGCACCGCACUCGCUGCCAAAACAAGAGCCCGACGUCAGGAUUCUCUUGCUUCUCCUGCCAAACACUCUCGUUCA